AUGACCACUCCUACGGAAAAGAACGACAGCCUCUCCGAAUUUGAGGACACCGACAAUGAAGACUCCUCUGCCGUUAAUCCCGCCGUUAAGGUUAACAGUCUAGCUACCGUUACCGGCAAUGGACCUCCUAACGGCGAAGACCUCUACGUAGAAUUUGAGGACUUAAUCGACGAAGUCAACAAGGAUACUACGAGCAAGGUCAUUAACGUAGCCAAUAGCGAGGAGGAUGAGGAGUAA